AUGAAUUUCGAAGUCGUCAAAGACCUCAUGGCGGAUUUUUCGAAGCUCAGCAGCGCACCGGAUCACCACGACGUGCGACAGCAGCAUCACUCUCCGCUUCCCCCACAAUCAAAGAGCAAACGUAUUGUGACUCAGAAUGUUACCUCCGAGUUCUUCGCCGCCGCAUCAGCUCUCAAUACCGGUCAACUUGUUAAAGAUGAAUACUUCACUCUAUUCGAAGCAGUGGGAGCACUGGAGAUCAUGGAUCCUAAGAUGGAUAGCGGUUUCUUGACAUCUGGUGAAUCCGUAGAGCAUGAUUACGAUGUCCUGAGAGAGCUACUACCAGAGGAGGUCCUCGGAAUCAUGGACCAAAUGUUAUGCUUUGAGAUGACGUGGCACAUGGGACAUCCUCUUUCACAGUCGUUGUUUACUUCAGCAUAUAUCGAUCAACUUCUCUGGCCCGAUCCCAAGACAUUGGAGCAAGCUCGUUUUGAGCGGGACAAGACGUCCGGACCAGGGAAUAAGCUGCUACACCUAGUACUUCGGGCAUAUUGCCUGGGCCUAGUCAAAACUUGCGACUUUGUACGUAGGAGAAUCAUGUCCGAGCAUUACUACGAGGAAGAAGACUUUGUGGUGAGUCUGUACCAUCGGAAAUUGCUCGACGACUUCGAAUUGUCCGAUAUAUCUACGAAAAUAGAGGAUGCCAUGGCGUUUGUCACUAAAGAAAUAGAGUCGAUGGAUCGUCCCUUCAGAGACGCCCUCCUCAAUCGGCUACAACUUCGAAAAACGUUGCUGUCUGCUGUCCAAUCAGAUGGAUUUUUGGAUCGUCAAAGAGCGAGGCUAUGGGAGAGGUGCCUCGAGCUACUUCCCAUGCUUUCGCAGACGAAUAAGCUUGGUGUGCCGAUAGAGAACUCUUUCGGCAUAAAGAUACAGCGUAAGCUAGCUAGCAGCGUGCCUCCGCGACCAAUAGUCAGGAUCAGCUUUGACGAGGCUCUCUCACGAUUAAGUGGUAUCUGUCAGAACGGUAGGGAUGCUUACCGAAUCCUGGAUUCUCAGGCUGGAACUCGUCUCAUGACGUUCGUCUUGACAUACCAAUCUCGAAUACCACAACCUUCCAUUUACAUACGAUGCUUACUGCAGUCACUGGUUUUCAGCGAGAUGAGGGUACUUGGGACCAUAUCAUUGAAGCAACUUCUCUUUGAUGAUUUCGAAGAACUUGUGCUGCCUGCAGAUAUCCUUGUCGACCCAGCCAAUGGUGACAUCGAAGCGCCCCAAGAUCCUAGGUUUCAGAUCUCGAAGAGGAUGGAUGCUUUCGUGACAAAAGCUGCGGAUUGUUUUCUCAACAUAUCUAGAAAUCUAUGCCUGAACAGAUCUCGAUUACGACGCAUCCUUUGUCGCGAUGCUGUUGAAUGGGAGAAUCUACAGUUCGAUGCUGAAGGGAUUGACACCGAACUUCGCAAGUACACCAAAGAAGAGCCGAUUAGGGAACUAAGUGCGCCAAACGAAGAGAUAUGGUCGUUUCCCCUGUCGUCAUGGGCGUAUUAUUACAAAUUGCGCCAGAUGGAGUGGAUCGUGCAGAUGGGCUUCGAGCUAGACAUCUACCAAGUUGACGAGCUAGCUGGAAUGUAUUGGUAUCUGCAGCAUCUGGCAAGCACUCGGCUUCAGCACAUAGAGCGUAUUCGAACUUUCAGCGCGCACAGGCUUAAGCGCAUCGCCAACCCAACGCUCAAGCAGAAGACAUCAUUUCGCCGUUCGUUCUCUUUCCUGGAUUUCGCUACGCUUGAGGCAUCGGCGACUCAAUCUUUUGCCGAGGGUCUCUCCUGUCUCUUCUCAUUCUUAGCUCAUCUAGGACUUAUUCCUGCUCCAUACCAUCCUUUGCCGUACGGCACGCCAGCGCUUCGCUAUUCUCUCCGAGUGCAGCCCUUUCUUUCUGUGUCUCUCCCUGAGGUGCCGUCUUAUCCCGAAUUUGCAUCUCGUGUUUCUCUUCACACUCUCGAGAGAGAUGCAGGAGAUCCUUCCCAUCAGACAGCAUCCACAAAGAUUGAAACCAACGAUCAAGCGGUUGCAAUCCUGGACUUUGCAGAUCAAGCGUUGAAAGCAGCCAGAAAGGAUUGGGAAGCUAUCAGCAAGACGAAAGCCGAGACAGCACGGUGCGUUGGAUGCGAAGACUGGUGGAGAGCCUCGGUCAAGAACAUCGUCAGAGCUUGCAUCACAGCAAACAUAAUGAUUGCAACAUCAAAGAAGGCCAUGUCGAAAGCAGCGUCCCAGGACGCACGGGAGAUCCUAAAAGUGGAAGUGGCAAAGAGUAAUGAGCUCUAUCACGCUUGGUGGAUGGUACCUCGGAUUUUGCCGAAGUGA